AUGGCUCUCCAUCGAGCUCUUCUCCGAGGCAACGGCUUUUACGAUGUCCUCGUCCCAUCAGCCGAUGAGGUCGACCAGCUUGCCGACCAGCUGGCCAAUUCGAACCUCGACAUUGGGGUCACCGACAUGGGAGAGCUCCUGCUUCCCAAACGCCUCCCGGUGAUCGACCUCAUCGACCUUCCUCAGGAGCAUCUUAACGCCCUCAUCGAAGAGGCUCUCUCCGCUGACCGACAGCGGUUUGUCAAGUACCUCAGUGAACGACGUCUUGGACUUGGCGCCAUCACGGCAGUAAGUGCUUGUGUUUCCCGUAAUGCGUCAGCUGUGUUUGAGUUUGUCCGUAAAUGCGUAGACGCAGUGUCCGUUGUUCGCAUGGGGACUUUCGCCUGA